CCGUCCAUCAUGCGUCCCUAGGAACAAGCUAUGGAUGUAUGUGUGUGUGUGUGUGUGUAUGUGGUCUGGCCAUAAAGUAAAAUAAUAAAAACAAGACAUGUCAGCCAACAUUUUUCCCCGUCCAACAAACAAAGUGGCGUGAACGCGGCCUCUCACAUGAGCAAUCACCCUCUCUCCAGACCUCUCCUGAUUUUAUUUAUUAACCACCACACUCGCCCCAUCCUCCUUCCCCGUGGGCCGCUGCGACAGUCUGGGGUCCCGAGGGCGGUGGGGGGGGGGGGAGGGCAUUCAAGACAUCCAACCGGGCCAACAUGCAGCAGCCGUGUUUGUGCCCGCAGACGAUCCGUAGACACGGGGGCGCCUUUGCUUUCCAUCAGUCUUGGUCGCCACGCCACGCCACAUCACAUACAGAUAACGGCAGCAUUCAUUCUUCGUGUAUCUUCAGAAAAAUCUUUUGGAAUAGAGAGAAAAAAACAAAAGAAAAAGAAAGAGAAAAGUCUCAUCAUUGCCACGCCAUGGCCGAGUUGGCGUCCAGUGUCAUACAGUCAUGUGGCCAUCGUCCCAUAUUCUACAGCCUCCCGAGCCUCUCCCAUGCAUCACCCGCCAGAACAAAAACAAAAGUCAUCGUGAUCGAGCAUUAAUGGUCCUCUUCUAUCCAUAAAAGACACGGCGUGUAAGAGCAAAGCCCUCGCCCAUUUCCUGUAAGCCGUUGAAAAAAGAAAAAAAGAAAAAAAAAAAACGCCUCACCCGUUCGCUCACCGAAAUGACCCAU